AUGUAUCUCAUUCAACUCGCCCUUGAAUAUGGCGCUCCCGUUUUCCUCAUCUCGUCGCCUCUCACAUCCUACCUCGACCAGAUUCUCAGCAUCCAUCGCAAUAGGAGCUCCGUGGGUUUUUCAUUGGACAUUCCUCUGAUUAUGUUGGUCGCAUCGAUUUUGAAGGUUUUCUACUGGUUCGGAGAAUAUUACUCCAAAGCCCUUCUGGCCCAAGCCGUUGUUAUGAUCGUGGUGCAGCUUGCACUGCUCAAGGUGGCCUUGGAUAAUCGACCUGCCAUGGGCGCAAAGCAUGGAAUUGAGCAUGCGCCUUUCAGCAACACAAACAAUGGGGGCUUCUCACGUCCCUAUGACUUCUGGCAAUGGCGUAGCACUAAGCCAUACUGGAUGUUUUUGGGCUACUUUGUCGCUGGCCUCUUCGUGCUCCACCUCACUCCCCUCUCCGACUCCCCCUCCUAUAUCAGUCUCUUGGGCGCUAUCGGCCUUGCUGUCGAAGCAAUUCUUCCCGUUCCUCAAAUCCUGGUCAACCACCGCGCCGGCUCGUGCAAGGGUCUCCGUCUAUCCGUCCUGGGCUCAUGGCUUAUUGGUGAUACUAUGAAGAUGAGUUACUUCUUCUGCAGUAAGGAGACCAUCCCCUGGACCUUUAAGUCAUGCGGUAUGUUCCAGUGCGUGUGUGACUUCUACCUGGGCAUCCAAUUCUGGAUGUUUACCCGGAAUUCCCCUCAACCUGUGGCUCCUUCUCAGGACCGAGAAGACCGAUGGGGUGCUGGUGAGAAGGAUAUUCGCAUGAACUAA